AUGGUAUGCAAAGCUGUACACUUUUGGAAUUUGAGAGAUUUAGUGGGCGCUGCCAUUGCUUACUGCUUGCUUUGUGCAGCAACUAUUGCUUAUACAGCAACAAAAAUUCUGAGCUUUUUUGGAUUAUCCUUACCAUGCCCUUGUAAUGGGCUGUUUUUCACCACCCCCAACAAAAAUUACUGCUUGCAAAGGGUUUUAGUUGAUUACCCCACUAAAUCAAUUUCCAGUAUUCAACUCUCUGUUAAGCGAAAAUUCCCUUUCAAUGAUUCCUUAUGGAGUAAGAAUCACUGUACUAGUAAUGUUAAUGAUAAUGCUAUGAAUAGUUCAGUAUCAGAUGCUAGGAGGUUAGGGAAUGUAGUUAGGAGGGAGUUGAAUGCAAGGGGUGAGAAGUAUGAUGUGAAGGGAAAGGGGGUUCUGAGUUAUAGGCCAAGAAGUGGGAUGUACCGGAGUCGAAAAGGGGGUAUUGACCAUGGAAAUUAUUCGCCGGUUUCUUUGUAUGAUACUUCUCUGUAUAGAGGAGUUCAGGGUGGUGUUCUGCAGUCUCCUUCUGGCAUUAGUAGGGAAGGGAAUGAAAUUAUUGGAUGUAGCUCAGUGCCUACUGAUAGCUCACUAAAUACUCGUCACUUUGAAAAUUAUAAUGAGAAGGCUCCUGCAAUGAUGGGAAUAUGGCAAAAUGCUCCUGACGAUGUUGAAAUGAAUAGAUUAUCUGACGAGGAUAUGGUCAUGAAGAAAAAUGUAUCAUCUAUUGAAGUGGAGCUACUUGGUAAGGCAAGGGGGGAUCUUGGUUUCAGUGGCGAUGAGAAAUUUUCAAUUGAACUCUUGGAAGAAGUUUUUAAAGAAGAGCAUGCUGCGUGUGCUGCACAUGCUGCUCUUUACCUUGAGCUUGAAAAUGAGAGAAGUGCUGCUACCACUGCAGAUGAGGCUAUGGCUAUGAUUAUUCGACUGCAGGAGGAGAAGGCAUCUGUAGAAAUGGAAGCUAGGAAAAAUCAGAGAAUUAUAGAAGAAAAGUCUGCUUAUGAUGCUGAAGAAAUAAUCAUUCUAAAAGAAAUACUGAUGAGAACAGAGAGGGAGAAACACUUUUUGGAAAACGAAGUUGAGGCAUAUAGGCAGAUGAUUUUUCCUGAAAAUGAGCAGUUAGCUGGUGAUAGAGGGGAUAAAAUUGACAGUAGAAGACAAGUUUUCCAUUCUUCACUUGAUCUAGAUGAUGACCUUGUUCCCAUAUUACACCAGCGUAUCUCUACUGACAAGAAUGUAAUGUUAGAGAAUAGAUGUCCGGAUGAGGUUGAAUCUAUUGAGGAUCAAAACUUGUGCACUUGA